CUUGGAAUGAUGGUUCAAAGCCAAGAGGCUGCUUGAUGAUAAGCAUGGCAGCAAGUAAUGUAGUGUUGGAACUUGGAAGGCCUAGGAUACGGUUAGAAGUGCAUGGAAUAAGCAUUGUGCGCUCAGGGAGAGAAACGGAAAUGGAGACAGGGAGAAAGAGAGAAGACCGGCGAAGACACCUAAAUCCAGCCAUGGCCGUUGCUUAG